AUGGCUGAAGAAGAAGUAUACAGUAAUUCAUAUAAGAAUUUCUGCAUUGUUGAAAAUUUUUCACAAUCAAGUAACACAGAUACAUUUACACUUGGAUUAGCUACUCAUACAUCAAUACAGUUUCUCUAUAAUAUAUUUGAGCAGAUAACAUCAUUUGAUGGUUCAAUAUCAUUAAGUAUCUACAUUGAAACUGAUAUUCAAAAUAUUGAGAUGAUUUUUAUGCGAAAUGUUGCCAAAAUGGUAUCUCCUAUACUCAAAAAACGUAAUAGACGCAUCGCCUUCAUCAUUAGACGAUUCGAAAUUGAAGAAAGUAUGAACUAUCCGAGAAAUAUGAAAGAGUUGCAUGAUAUGUAUAAGAACGGAACAGCCAUAGUGUUUCACAACUUGUAUUUCCCAGAAGGUCAUUCAAUAGAGCGUUUGGAUGAGUGGUUCAAUUAUUCAUUAUCAACGAAUCGUCUAAAAGCUUUUAGAACUAACUAUAAAAACAGCAACUGGGAACCUCAAAUAGUGUUGAGUAAAGAUGAUCCAUUGCAUGAUGAAGAUAUACCAACAAGACAUCGGGAUCAUCAGGCAUUGGUUUAUGAGUUGUGCAGAGCUGGACAUAGUUUUUAUGUUCUUUCACACGUGUUUAAUGUUCAUCGAGGUUUCAAAAAACAUACUUCCGGUCAUGAGGCUAAAACUUUUCUUAAAGGAAUUCCAAAUGUGGAGAGUGCUUCUACAAACUUUAUUCGCAGAAUGAAUCGAUUGUACCCAAAUACUGGCAGAACAUGCCACAAGUGGAAUAAUAAUGUAAUAAAUAAAUAA